AUGGGCAAGCCUGCGAGCAACGACAGGAAGAAGAAGACUGGCGAUGCAGCCGUUGGCAAGAAGCCCGCCGAGGGUACCAAGGUGAAGAAAGCCAAAGACAAGAAGGAGAAGCAGGACAAGAAGGCCACGAACGGAUCGAAGCAAGAGGAGGGUGGAAAGAAGGUGAAGGAGGUUCAGGCAGAGAAGGCAGAGAAGGCAGAGAAGGUGGUCAAGGAGGAGAUCACCGACAAGGCCAAGGACGUGACUGAGAUGAAGGACAAGAAGAAAGAGAAGAAGGAGAAGAAGGAGAAGAAGGAGAAGAAGAGGCAAGAGAAGAAGAAGGAGAAGAAACAGGCAAAGAAGGCAAAGAAGGAGGCAAAGAAGGCAAAGAAGGAGGGCAAGCCCGCAGACACAGCAAACGACUCGUCAGCGACAGACGCCAGCGCCGCCCCAAAGGCACCAGAGGACAUGACAGUGGAGGAGCUGCAAGCAGCCAUGGACAAGUACAAGGGCAUUACCCUGCCUGAUCCCGCGAUUCGCAACACACAGCUGGUGGAGGGCGGCAUGCCUUGGAUCGAUGUGCUCACAGAGACAAAGCCAAACCGGGCAACAGCCACGCUCGACCAAACAUCCCGUGGCAAGAUCAUCGCUUCCCCGGCCAUUGUUGCUCAGUUCCGCAAAUAUGGCCGCUCUCUCCUGGAGACAGAGGCCGAAAACUACGAAGCACGCGUGAACAAAGUGCGCGGCAACGACCAGUCUUGGUUGAGGAACAUCCUCAACUCCGGUACCUUGGCGGAUAAGCACGCCGCCCUCGUCAUGCGCGUGCAGCACUCAGCUGUCCACCGUCUCAACGCCCUCGAGUCGCUCCUGCAAUGCGUCACAAAGAAGAGCAAGCGCGAAGCCAUCAUGGCCAGCGAUUCACUGCAUGAGGUGUUUACGUCACGCCUGCUGCCACAGCGCAAGCUCAUCCCACUCGCCCACCGUCCGCUCGUGGAGCUGCUUGAGAAGGGGUUCGCAUCAGACAAGGCCAAGAGCAAGAACCUGGAUCGAGUGGUGAUGAUGUGGGUUUACGAGGACGUCAUCAAGAAGCACUACAGCAGCUUUAUUGAGGCUCUCGGCAAGCUUAUUCAGGACCCGGAGGCAAACAUCAAGAGCAAGGCCCUCACCCUUACUUACAACCUCCUCACAGGCUUCCCCGAGAAGGAGCAGGGCCUGCUGGCGCUGAUUGUGAACACGAUGGGCGACCCCAUCAAGAAGGUGGCCUCGCGUGCCAUCUACUACUUGCAGACGCUGCUGCGGGAGCACCCGUCCAUGACGAUGGUGGUCAUCAAGGAAGUACAGCAGCUGUUGUUCCGCCCAAACAUCAAGCUGCGUGCCCAGUACUACGCCAUCACCUUCCUUACCCAGAUUGAGCUCUCCCACAGCAUGGCGGAUAUUGCUGCGAAGCUCGUCUCCAUCUACUUUGAGUUCUUCAAGGCUGUGAUCAAGCCCGACGAGGAGGAGCACUACCGGUUGCUCUCUGCCGUUCUCACGGGCAUCAACCGCGCCAACCCGUACCGCGGCGCCGCGAGCAACGAGAUGUUCGAGGCGCACGCAAGCGACCUCUUCCGCAUCACACACAUUGGCAGUUUCAACUGCAGCGUGCAGGCGCUCAUGCUGCUCUUCCAAGUCAUGAACUCCAGCCGUUCCAUCUCAGACCGUUUCUAUCGUGCGCUGUACGCGUCGCUGUUUGAUGACCGGCUGCCGUCAUCGUCCAAGCACGGCCUCUACCUCACGCUCCUGCAAAAGGCCAUCAUUGCAGACCCCGUCUUGGACAGAGUGCGCGCGUUCUGCAAGCGCCUCUUCCAAGUUUGCCUGCAGGCUCCUCCCAGCUUUGCCUGCGCGGCGCUCAUUGUCCUGUCAAAGGUUGUGAAUGCCAAGACGGCGGUCCAGGCCAUGUUCCAGGGCGAGGCGGUUGACGAGGAGGAGAUCUUUGUUGACGCGCCCGAAGUGGACAGCGAGGAAACGGCAAAUGCAGCCCAUGCAGACAGCAGCCAAGCCACCGACAGUGCAGUAAAGAAAGAGGAAGACGAGGUCGGUGAUGGCGCAGAUAGCACGGUCAGCCACGUCAAGGAAGAGGAAGAUGGGGAAGGCAGCGACGGCGAGACGUCAUCGCCAGAGAAGACAGGCGAUGAAGCAACAGAGGAUGAUGCUGAUCACAAGCAAAACUCCCGUAUCGAUGGCGGCAUUCGCUUCCCUUCAGGUUACCUUCCUCUGAAGCGCGAGCCGACAUUUGCAAAGGCAGAGACCACCGCUUUCUGGGAGGUGGCCGUGCUGAACCACCACUUCCACCCUGCCGUGAAGGCGUUUGCCCAAGCGGUCGUCAGCGGAAAGGUCAUCACAUACAACAGCGAUGCCCUGCAGGAUUUCUCCCUCGCCAGGUUCCUGGACCGCUUCAUGUUCAAGAAUCCAAAGCAGAAGGUCAAGCGUGGCGAGUCCGUCAUGCAGCCGAAGGAGGUGUCGAAGCGGGCAAUUGCUGCGCCCGUCAACUCGCAGCAGUUCCUUGAGCAGGACGAGUCUGAAGUCGCACCAGAUGAGGCCUUCUUCCUCAAGUACUUCAAGUUGCGCAAGUCCCUCGGCAAGACCAAGAAGGCUGUUGAUGAGCCCGAGAGCCUGGACGCAGCCAUUGCGCGCGAGGAGGUUGACGGCGGCUUGGGCUUCGACUUUGCAACCGCGAUGGGCCGGGACGACGGAGAAAGUGAUUCGGACGACCUUGACGACGCGUCAGACUACGACUCGUUCCCCGACAGCGACGAAGAGGCUGAAGGUGCCGGUGGCGACGGUGACACCGCAGACAAGAAGGAAAAGAAGCUGAGGAAGAAGAAGGCAAAGGCAACAGCGGAGGAGACAGCCGGAGAAGCCGAGGAGGAUGAGGAUGAAGGUGAGGGUGACGUUGAGGGUCCUGUCAAGAAGCGCGCGAAGAAGGCGGCCGCUGUUGCCUCUGAUAGCGACGAUGAAGAGCAGGGUGAGGCUGAGGAUGCCGGUAGCUCGGAGGACGAGUUUGACUACGACAACGUCGACUACGAUGCCCUCGAUGAAGAAGCAGAAGACGACCUUGACGAGUCCGCCCUGGAGCGCAUGCUUGCCGAGUCGUCUGGCGACGAGGAUGAAGACGAGGAUAUGGAGCACGGCAUGGGCGGUGAUGACGGCGUCAAGUCCUCAGUUUUCGCCGCUGCCGAAGACUUUGCAGAGCUCCUCGAAAAGGAACAGGAGGAGGAAGAGGCCGGUGCACACGACCGCAAGCGCGCCAAGAUGAUGCAAGAUGAUGGUGAUGCAGCUGCUCGUCGUGGUCGCGGUGGUCGUGGUGGUCGCGGUGGUCGCGGUGGUCGUGGUGGCCGUGGUGGCCGUGGUGGUCGCGGUGGUCGUGGUGGUCGUGGUGGUCGUGGUGGUCGUGGUGGUCGUGGUGGUCGUGGUGGUCGUGGUGGCUUCCGUGGCGGCAGCAGGGGAGGUCGCGGUGGUGGUCGUGGUGGUCGUGGUGGUCGUGGUGGUCGUGGUGGCAGCAGGGGUGGUCGUGGUCGCAAGUAA